AUUGUCCCGCUCUUUUCUUUCUCUCUAGAGCCCAGAGAAAUUCCCUUUCUCUUUAACUCUUUCUCUGUUUGGAAACUGAGAAAAUGCAAGAACAGGCAACAAGUUCCAUAGCGGCCAGUUCUCUGCCAUCUAGUAGUGAGAGAUCCUCCAGCUCUGCUCUUCAAGUUGAAGUCAAAGAAGGUAUGGAGAGUGAUGAAGAGAUCCGGAGAGUGCCAGAGAUCGGUGGGGAAGCAGCUGGAGCAUCGGCAGCAGGUGGAGAUGCCGGUUCGGUAGGCGGUCCGAAUCGGGUUCAGCCAUCCGGUGAGGGUCAGAGGAAGAGGGGUAGGAGCCCAGCUGACAAGGAAAACAAGCGCCUAAAGAGGUUGUUGAGGAACAGAGUUUCAGCGCAGCAAGCAAGGGAGAGGAAAAAGGCCUACUUGAAUGACCUGGAAACUAGAGUUAAAGACUUGGAGAAGAAGAACUCUGAGCUUGAGGAGAGGCUUUCGACAUUUCAGAAUGAGAAUCAGAUGCUUAGACAAGUAAUGUUCUUUCCACCUUAUCUCAAGUCACACCAAUUAUGCAUUUUAUCCCUCUAAAUUCAUAGACAUGAUUAAAGUAAUGCUUGAGUCAGAUAAAGUAUUGACACGACAUUUAUAAAUUACUCAUAAUUACAUUUUGUACCGAAGAUCCUGGGUGUCACAGGAAUGAAUAAAUGUGAUCUCUUGUCCGUGCCCUAGCUUCCUCUUUUGUGCAAAAUCCGUUUUGUUAAGGGUUGGUAGUAAGGUAACUAGGGAUCAGGUGGGUUUGGGUUGGGCCAAUGGACUCUUGGUCGGUUUUGAGCUUCCGCCCAAGCAUGUUCACAAUUUUUUCUGUAUUGUGUGGAGAAGUGGCUAGCAAGGGAUUUGAUUGUGCAUGAUAAAUGUUCGUAUGAACU